CAAAAUGGCGUCGAAAGGAAAAACUCACGUGUGAUUUUAGUUUCUUGGAAACACAUGACGUCAGCCUCCAAGGAGUUGAGAAAAUCUUUCAGCUUUUUUUCUCGAGUGACUGCCCGAAGACCGUUAAUAUUCCAAACCGGAAGUGAGAAUUGCUGAUGUAGCUGCAUAGCUCGAUACGCUGUCAAAUUGGGAAAGGCUUUCCUUACCUGUACACCCCCAAACAAUCUAAAACGUCCCACGAAACCAUGGCCGAGUCCGGUGAGCUAUUUGCCAUCGAGCCCAAGAAAGACUGCCCUCAUAUCCAGGGCGUUGUAGCGAUGAUUCAAUCAUUGCAUGUGGAUGUAAAGCAACCCUGCGAAACAUGUGCUAACGUGGGUGAAAACUGGUUGUGCUUGUCCUGCUCGGCCGUGUACUGUAGUCGCUAUGUCAACAGUCACAUGGUUGCUCAUAACGAGGAGAGUAACCACCCUGUGGCAUUGAGUUUCAGUGAUCUGAGCGUGUGGUGUUAUGGAUGUGAUAGCUAUAUAGCAUCACCUGUGCUUACAAGCAUCAGAGAGAAAGCAUCAUUCAGCUCACAACAAACACAUACAAAAGACCAAAUAUCAAAUGUGGACCAAACAACAAUGAAAGAUGAAAAAGGUGCGAGUUGCAGAAAAUUUGCGACUGAAAGCAAACUUCCAAAUAAAGAGCUUGUGAGUAGAAUGCUGGGCACUCUGUACGGGAAUUGUGUUGGCGACGCUAUUGGACUUUUGACGGAGUUUAUGACAAAAGAAGAGGCCCAUAAGAUCUACGCUACCAAGAAAAAAAUGUUAUUGUUUGGACUGGCUAAGCGUACGGUGGAGAUAGAUCACGAUAACCUGAAGCUUGAGUACAAUAAAAAGAAUGACGAUUUUCAUCGCAGUCGAUGGCGGGUAGGCGACUGGACAGAUGACUCUGACCAGAUGAUUCUCAUCCUUCGCACGCUCGCCAGCAACAACGGCGAGCCGAAUAUAUUGGACUUCGCCGAGCGGUUCCGUGUCUGGGGUAAAUACGGCUACAAGGAGCUGGGCGAUAUGGGAGCGAACGGUAUCGGCCGCACCACGCUUGGGGUCAUCAUGAACAGCGACUUCCAAACCGACCCACACAAGUGUGCCAGCCUAGAGUGGGAGAGGAGUGGUCGUUGGGCUGCCCCUAAUGGCGGAGUCAUGCGCACUUCCGUUCUAGGUCUACAGGACUUCAGCGAUAUCGACAAGGUUAUCCACAACACAGUACAGUUCUGCAAGGUCACACACGCUGAUCCGAGGUGCGUCGCCUCAUGCGUUGCCGUGACAACAGCCAUCGCUUUGAUGCUGCAGGGUGAAAUGGAGGGGGACGUGGAGGGGAUCGUGGAGAAGGCGUUUUUUUACGCCUCGCAGCAACUAGAGACGGAGGAGCAGAAAGAUGAGUUGAGGAGAUAUCUUUUCGCAAAGUCCCUGGCAGACCUUGAUCUAGCAGAGCACAAAAUGAUCGGCUACACUUACAAGUGUCUUGGGGCGGGCUUUUGGGCGUUCAGACAGACGGACUUCCGCGCGGCGCUCACGGCGAUUGCUAUGGAGGCCGGCGACGCGGAUACAAAUGGAGCUGUAGCCGGCGCGUUGCUCGGCUGCAAACUUGGCGUAGAUGGUUUGCCCGAGUCUUGGCUUAACGGACUCUUGCACAAAGAGUGGCUCGACAAAGAGAUCGCUGCAUACUUGAAGAUGCUAGGAGUUGCAAGCAGUGAAUAAUCAGGAAUUUCUUACCCUCUUUCAUUCUCACCCUUUUUCAAUCAUGCUUUGCUUUGACACAUGCACCAGGUAGCAUGACCUGUGAGACUGCAGCAAGGUAUACAGGUGUUGGGAGACAUAGGGAUUUGAUACGUGAGGCUAGCGCUUGAAACGUCAGCAAACCGUAGUAUAAAGCAUAAACCCCGUCUUGAUUUAUCCCCCUAAGUAGUUCAGGAACUGCAAGUAUCGAAUGCGUCUUUGUCAGGCUCGUACCCAGUAUCUCAUCAGGACCUAAUUUUUCUGAUAAAAAAUUGACCACCCCUGAAAGAACAAAGAUGGAUUUUUUUAUGCCUUUGCAGUAUCUCCACGGGACGCUCAUUGUCGGAUUUGGCUACAAACCAGAGUGAUCUAGCUUGUGCUUUAUAGUUUUGUCUUAAAAUAGCACGAGAACCGAAAGUGGACCUUUGGCCGUUGUGGGAGGGUACGUUCGCACCCCCCCCCCCCCCCUCCCCCCUGGGUUCGGGCCUGUUUGUAAAAGUCGUAUUUACUUUGAGCCCUGUGGAUGUUGGAGUGCAAUAGCCAAUAGGGGCAACAUGAUCAGCUGAAUAUCAAAAUAGUGUGAUUGUUAAUGCCGUGAAAACUAGUGACAUAACGACAUAACGACAUGGACAUUAUGACAUCAAUAAAAUAAAACAUGUUUUUUUUUCUUUUUUGUCGUUAUGUUCAUGUCGUUGGGCUUAUGUCAAAAUGUCGAACCAUACGCACUUGAACAUAUGAACAUAAGGGUGCACGCGGCUAUGUCAUUAUGUUGUUAUGUCACUAGUGUGCACCAAGCAAAAUGGAAAAGUCAUAUGACGUAACCACGCGCUCACUAGCGAUGACAUUAGCGGACAAGGAAGCCGAGCCGUUAAAGUAUCGCUAUCAGCCCUUUUAUUGGCUGAUUUCUGUGAAGUAUAAAUCUAUGGAAAAAAGUGUUUAUCACUUGAUUUUACCUAUCUAGUCGACUAAUCACAAUGAAUACCACAAUGUAUAAGAAUCUGGAGCUCAGCUCUGAAUAUCAUCAGCGUUUAUGUAAGCUUUUGAGACAGCUAUUAAAUGACGCUUUAAAAUGAAAA